GUGAUUAAUGUGUAAAUUGAAAUAUUAUGUACAACAUGUGUUUAUACAGUAAUUAAUCUUCCAUUGAUGGCAUUCUCUCUCUGUUGGGAUUAAUUGAAAUAUUUACAUAUUAGUAGGAACGCACAAUUUGGUGCAGUUUUUUCCCUUCAAUUUCAUUUUGGAUUAAAGUGUUUCGAGUGAAAUGAUGAUAUAAUUGGAAAAUUCAUGGUGAUUGUGGUGGGAAUGUGAGGAAUUUUUAACGAUGGAAAGUGCGCGGUGAAAGAGUGAAUUGGCGGCCAGAUUGCAGUCUCAAGUGCACACCUCCUGGCGCUGUGCUGAAGGAUCCACGGAGUUAAUUAGGCAAAAAAGGAGGAAAAAAAAUGGUGGAUAUCAGUUCGAUAAUCGAGGGAACGGUGAAGUUCCGCGAUGGCAAGAAGUGGAAGUCACGAUGGUGUGUCAUGCGGAAACUGUCCCCAGUAGCAGAUUGCCUCCACCUUCAGUUGUAUCGAGACUCGAAGGAUCGAUACAAGCACGGCCAGACGAAGGCUUCUCUGUCACUGCAGCACUUUCUGGGCGUCGAGUCUGGAUUUACAUUGGACAAGGAGUCCAACACAAUUGCCAUUAUUUGUCAAGAUGUUAUCGUUGUGUUGGCUUUUGAUACGAGAGAACGCUUAAUUCAGUGGCAGGUGAAAAUCUCUACAAAUCUCGGAGACGACAUUCAGUACUUGAUCCUGGUGUCGACGGCACCGCCCAAGGCGAAGGUGUCGACAGGACCGGCGAGGAUGCACGUGCAAGACCAUCGAUUUUGUCUCACAACUGGCGUCCCGCCGAGAUUGGCCGGACUCUGGGAAAUUGGCCAUUUAAGGCGCUACGGGGUCGUGGACAACCGCUUCUGCUUCGAGGGUGGGUCACAGUGUGGCAAAGGCGAAGGACUGUACAUACUGGUGACGGAUCAGGGGGAUGAAAUCACCCACACCCUCAAAGUCGCCUCUCAAGGCAAGCUGGCAACCAGAAGACGUCCUGUCGCCCGAAAGCUCUCAGCCCUCGAUAGUCCGCGGAAGCUCUCACCCAGACCCGUCGAGGACGGCGUGAGUCUGUCCGCGAAUCAUCACUUUCACGCCGACGAGGGCAAUUGCAUGUGCAGCAGCCGAACGUCCUUCUGGCCAUCGCAAGAGUCGCGUGAUCUGGACAGCAACUACGGCUGCGGAGACACAGUGUCCGUGUCCGAGGCGCACGAUGGCCUGGGCGACGGGGAGAUGUUUCGCGGACGAGCAACCAUGUCGCAGAUCGAGAGGUGCAUGAGCUGCAUCUCGAAACUGGGCGCUCCGUCGAUGUCUCGAAGCUCCACCGCGGCGGGAACGCCCGGACUUGCCCCGGCGCCCGCUUGGACCAUUCCUGAGUAUCACACCCCAACAGCGCCCGCCAAGGGUCACGACCGGAUGUCCCUGUGCUCAUCGCACACGGGCAGCAGUAGCAACUCUGAGUACUCAGUGCCCAGGAGCUCAGUGGGUGGUCAGGAGGGGUGCUGGGGUGAUAAGGCCUCGCCGUGCGCUCAGUGCGGACCGCCCAGGCCGCCGAAACCCAAGUCCCUGCAGAAACCACCCAUGCCGCUGCCUCUGUCUUCCCCAGCCGGUGCCCACGCGGGUCCCUAUGAGAACUACGACGUGCCCCGCACUCCGAUCGCCCUAGACUCCGACAACUACGACACACCCAAGAAGAUCCACGAGUACCUCUCCGCGGACGUGAAUAGCAAUCCCAGCUCUGCUUCCUACGCCAACUACGACAUCCCCUCCACGAUGGGGAAGAUGUGCGGCUGCCUUGGGCAGUCAGACGGAUCCAAGCCCGGAGACUCAACUGUCGCGCGAACUGACUGCACUUGCACGAGAGUGAUGUCCUGGGCAGACAACUGGAUCUCCCUGCCCUACUGUCGGCGCGGGAACACCAUCGAAAACACCGGAAUACCGAUCAGCCGAGUGAAGCUCAGUGGAGAAGGCAAAAUGCCCGUGAUGCAGCCCAGCGGAGAGCUUGCCAUCUAUGCAACAGUGGACAUGGCAAAGAAGAUGAGUCGACGCAUCGUGGAGAAGUGUGAGUGCAUUCCCGAUGACGCCUCAGAGUCUGGAUCAUCGAACUACAUCAAUCUCGAUCCGGCGAAGGAGGUGGGAUAUCAGCCCACGGAUGGCAACUACACCAACAUGGACUUUGCGCAGUCCCUGGAGCACUAUGAGAACUCCAAGAAUGUCCUGGAGCGGGCAGGGCUGUGCAAUGAGACUGAAUCAAGUGAGACUGUGGUCCCGAAAGUGUGUCACAAGUGUGGUCAUGCGACGGGAAAGGUGGUGGGUGAUCAGGGAGCGAAAACACCCAGCCAAGAAGUCAAGACACCGCAGGAUGGGAAGAAUGAGAACUAUGUGAUGAUGGAGCCGAGGAAGGAUCAAAGAGAAUUCCCGGGAUACUUGCCAAUGUCACCAGCAGCUCCGCAGGCAAUCACAACUCCACCAAUUCCGACCAAGAGCGACCUGAUCAAGCAGAGAAUGAAUCGAAUCAUCGGCGAGAAGUCCGCCAGCAAUCCGAGUCUCAACGGACCGUCAGUUGACAGGACUAAGAAGCGAUCGGAGGAUGACACUAGAGUUCCGGGAAGUGCUAUGAUGAGAACAGCCGUGAGUCCCUACACCAGGAAGCAACUGAUGGACAACAGUGAUCUCAUUCCGGGCAACAUUGACAAGCGUCUCGUGGCGCGAAAACGAUCCUCCUCGGCGGAUUCAUCGAGAUUCCUGGAAGAGGUUGAGGAGUUCGACAGCACGGAGACCCUGAGGAAGUCCUCACUGACGCAGCUGGAGGGUCGUCGAUCGUCAUCGCCGUGCAUCCACCAGGAAUCCGAACAAUGCGAAGACACUGCGUGCUGUGUGAAAGCCUCCACGAGCACCAGCUCAGCGGGCACCGAAAAGGCCGCCAUUGCGGAGCCCGAGGAUGAUAUUUCGGGCUCAACGACGCAGAGUCAGAACUCUCAAUCUGUCUACAUUCGACGAUCUGAGAGUGUGCCGUGCAAGGCGCAGAAUCGCGACUCCUCGAGCUCAAAUGACUCGGGCGUCUCCACGGGAUCGCUGCGACAGCGCACCGGUGACUUUGUCGACUUUGAGCUGCCACUGACCACCGCCAUGUCCGCCCGCCGCCACCAAAAACAUAUCCUGCCGGCCACCAGCUGCGUUCACGCCUCCCUGCCGCGGCGCUCCAAGUCCUUCGAUCCGCUGCGCGAGCUCACCUUCCAGUUCCAGAAGAUCAAGAUCCCGGAGAAGAGCACCUCGGCAGAGGCCGAGAUACCCAUCUGUCCGCCCAAAGUGAAGGGAUUCGCCAGUCCCGGCGAGGUUGUCUCCACUGGUCCGCCCUACAUUGACUCCAGGAGCACCAGCAGCGGCACGUCCGAUAUGUCGGACUACAUCGAGACACUGUCACUGUCCAGUCACAGUUCAUCAGACACUCCGGAGGGAAUGAGAUUAAUUCGUCCACCAACGUCGACGUUGCGUCCAAGAUCUGGCAAGGAGUACCAGAACAUAGACAGAUCAAUCCUCUGUCUCACCCAGCAGGGCAUCAAUGCCCCUGGUGAUCCGACAAAGAUGACCGCUUCGCAAUUCCGCAGCCUUCUGCCGGGCUCCGUCAACUAUGCCAACAUCACUCCCGUUCCCGAGAAUGCAGAGUCGCCGAGUCCGGGCUAUCAGAGUGGCAGCUCGCCGCAGGAGAACCAGACUGAGCACUUCAUGUUCAAGGUGAGUCCUACGGCUGCCGUGGAGGUGAAUGGAAGUGAGGCGGAGAACAAAGAGGACGUUACAAUUUAAGUCGUUGUGUAUAAGUGUUCAUGUGCAGGGAAUUUUGUGUGCGGGCAAUCAGAAAAAAUGGGGAUUAUCUUAAGGUUAUUACACAUAUUUUAGAUGGAAUUCCUCUCUCCUGACACGACGCCCUUCUUUCUUUCGACCCCUUCCAAAAAAGAAACCUUCAAUAAUCAUCUUUGAGACUAUAUAGUGGACAAAAGGAGAAAUGCAGGGAGGGCAAUUGAAGAGCUAAAGAGAGAGAAAAAGACAUGAAAUGAAAUGGUACAAGUGAGUGUAACAAUUCAAACCAAUUCUCAGAACAACGACGUCUCCAGAAUUUCACUAAUUGGUUUCCUAAGCAUUUACAAGAUUAGAGUGAGAGAUUAAGGAGUUGAGUGCGCGAAGGAACAUUUAGAUGUUAAGUUCCUCUUCUCUUAACAUUUCUUAACUUUAUAAGCAAAAUUAUAUGCGAAAUCAUAUAAAUUUAUCUGGUGUGCGAAAGAAAGUCGCGAGGGUGGAAUUUUUUUUUUAAAUAAUUUGUCCCAAAUAGAUAGAAUUUGGUUGGAGAGGAGUUAAUUAUUGACAUAAGAAUUGUUGUAAAUAUGAACGCCAAAAAAAGUAUAAAGUAAAAAAAAUUUCUCAAUAUCACUAAAAA